CAUGCAGAAAUGAGCGAACGAAGUGCAGUGAAAGAGAGAUUGCUACACUUGUGAUGCCACAUUGAUCUGGGGCUCAUUUUCCACUUAAAUAUGCUGGUUGAUUUAAAAGACACGGCACAUGGGAAGACUUGGAAAAGUAUAAUCAAUAGAAAAGAUUGAAUCAGAUGCACAUCUAUAUAUUAAACAAUAAGCUAUUGCAAUCCCCCAUCAAGGAAAUUAAGCAGCAAGUAGCUAGUUUACCAAAUCGAGGAAAACUAUGCCUCUGCACUCGCUCUACUACUCUUUGUUGCUUUGUGGGCUUAUUAUUAUGAGCCUUGCCUUUUGUUUCAAAGAAGCAGCAGUAGCAACACCAACACGAGGCUGCUCGGAAGUGGAACGGGACGCCCUGCUCGACUUCAAAGCCAACGUCAAAGAUCCUUCCCACCGUUUGGCCUCCUGGUCUCCACAGAUUGACUGCUGCAAAUGGAGUGGCGUCGUAUGCAAGACGACCAACAACGCAACUUUGUUCGGAGGCCACCGUGUGGUGGAGCUCAACCUUCAAAAUCCAAAUGUUGAUAAUGAGCAAACUUUCCAUACGGCUCUGCGAGGUGAGAUACUGAGUCCUUCUUUGUUGAACUUGACUCGGUUAGAGCGGUUGAAUCUAAGUUGGAAUGACUUCGAAGGAGCUCAAAUUCCACAAUUCAUUGGCUCAUUUUUGAAUCUCAAGUAUCUUGAGCUUUUUUGGUCCAACUUUGCUGUAGUCAUUCCUUCUCAACUUGGCAAUCUGUCGAGCCUUUAUCAUCUUGGGCUGCAGUCAGGAUGGGGUGCGACCCGAAUUGCCCAUCGUUUGGAUUGGCUCUCAGGGCUCUCUUCUUUGAGGUACCUCGACCUUACCCAAGUGAAUCUCAGUGCAGUCUCUCAAAAUUGGUUGUCGGAGGUCAACAUGCUGCCUUCCCUGCAAGAAUUAUAUUUGUACGGCUGUGAUCUUAAUCACAUCCCUUCUUCAUUUAAUUCUCAUCUCAAUCUCACUUCUCUCGAAAUUCUUGACCUGGAAGGCAAUCCCUUCUACUCCUCCUCCUCCUUGCCCAAUUGGCUGUUUCGACUCACUAAUCUCUCAUUGCUUAGAAUUGAUGCUUCAGGACUGAUACCUGCUGGAAUCAGUAACUUAACUAGACUAAUUCAACUUGAUAUUUCUGGCAACAUAUCUAGUCCCCUACCUGUAGAAAUCUGGAGUCUUAAUCAUCUAAUACUACUUGACCUUAGUGACAAUGAAAUGCUAACAGGUACCAUACCCGUAGAAAUUGCAAAUUUAAGUAGUCUACAAUCAUUGUUUCUUUCUGAUUGUUCACUUAAUGGUCAAAUACCUUCUGAAAUGGGAAACUUGAAUAGUCUAACAACACUCGACCUUUCUUUUAAUUCACUUUCGGGUCCCAUACCUAUUGAGAUUGGGAACUUGACUAGUCUAAUAAAUCUUGACCUUUCUUUUAAUUUACUUUCAGGUCCCAUACCUACUGAGAUUGGGAACUUGACUAGUCUAUUAAGUCUUGAGCUUUCUUCUAAUUCACUUUCGGAUCCCAUACCUACUGAGAUUGAGAACUUGACUAAUCUAAUAAGUCUUGACCUUUCUUAUAAUUCCCUUUCGGGUCCCAUACCUAUUGAGAUUGGGAAACUUUCCAAGUUACAAGUUUUAUUUCUUUCCAAUUGUUCACUUAAUGGUCAAAUACCUUCUGAAAUUGGAAACUUGACUAGUUUAAUAAGUCUCGGCCUUUCUUAUAAUUCAUUUUCGGGUCCCAUACCUACUGAGAUUGGAAAACUUUCCAAGUUACAAGUUUUAUUUCUUUCCAAUUGUUCACUUAAUGGUCAAAUACCUUCUGAAAUUGGAAACUUGACUAGUUUAAUAAGACUCGACCUUUCUUAUAAUUCACUUUCGAGUCCCAUACCUACUGAGAUUGGGAAACUUUCCAAGUUACAAUUUUUAUUUCUUUACAAUUGUUCACUUAAUGGUCAAAUACCUUCUGAAAUUGGAAACUUGACUAGUUUAAUAAGACUCGACCUUUCUUAUAAUUCAUUUUCGGGUCCCAUACCUAUUGAGAUUGGAAAACUUUCCAACUUGAAGGAUUUAUACUUGAGGGAAAACUCUCGAAUUACCAUUUCAUUAGACUAUGACUCGAUCCCUUCUUUUCAAUUAGAAAGCCUUGACUUGGCAUCUUGUACAGCAGUGGGUCCUAGGUUUCCACAAUGGCUCCACUCACAGAAAUCCAUGUCUGUGUUGAGUUUGUCCAAUACAAGCAUUAAUGACAUCCUACCUCAUUGGUUUUGGAAUUCAUCUUCUUCCACCUUUUCGGUUAUUGAUCUCUCUCAUAAUAAGCUUAGGGGUACUUUGCCAUCAUCGAUCGAGGUCAUACGAAGCCUUGAAUAUAUAAAUCUACGUUCUAAUAAACUGGAAGGACUUGUUCCUCGUUGGACACUUCAAAUCUGGGCCCUAGACCUAUCUUUUAAUGAUUUUUCUGGGCCUAUACCAUCAUCAAAAAUUUCACCAUUCAACUUAAUCCUUUCGAAUAAUCACUUCAAUGGGAGCAUACCAUCUUUCAUUUGCAAAUCGGAGCAAUUAGAGGGUUUGGAUUUAUCCUACAACAAAUUAUCCGGAGAGAUACCCAAGUGUUGGAAAGAAGCAAAUACGAACCUUUACUUUAUUCACUUGGGAAACAAUAAGCUCACCGGUGAAAUUCCUAGCUCCAUUGGAAACUUGAUUGGAUUGAGGUCUUUGCAUUUGGACAAUAAUGAUCUCAGUGGACAACUUCCAAUGUCAUUACAAAAUUGCACUGAACUACGUGUCAUUGAUCUCACGGGCAACAACUUUUUAGGAAGUAUACCUACGUGGAUGGGACAAAGUUUGCAACAAUUGACUGUUCUUAUAUUACGGUCAAAUAUGUUUUCUGGCAUUAUUCCUUCAAAUCUCGGAGAACUGAGCAAGCUUCAUGUUCUUGACCUUGCCAAUAACAAUUUAAGAGGGUCUAUACCAUGUUCCUUUGGCAAUUUCAGUACAAUAAGAUUGACAUCAAGAGCAACCGAUGACACAAUUUCAAUUGAAGGAUCAAUCGAUGAUAUUUCAAUUGAAGGAUCAAUCGAUGAUUUUGAAUAUGGAGAAAGUGAUAGUGUAUCAAUAGUUACAAAGGGAUAUAAAUAUAGAUUUUCAUCUAUUCUCUAUUUGGUGAAGAUUAUAGAUCUUUCAAGUAAUAGUCUUACAGGUGAGUUUCCUACGACAUUAGGAUCUCUUGUAGGACUUCAAACUUUGAAUUUGUCAAGGAACUUUUUAAGAGGCAGGAUUCCAUAUACUAUUGGUGGAAUGAAGUCAUUAGAAACAUUGGAUUUGUCAUUCAACAACUUAUCAGGCGUUAUUCCUCAAGAUUUGUCAAAAUUGACUGCUUUGGACCAUUUAAAUCUUUCUUACAAUAAUUUAUCAGGGGAUAUUCCUUCCGGAUUUCAACUUCAAACACUUCUAGAUGCUUCCAUUUAUAUGGGCAAUGCUUAUCUUUGUGGGGAUUUGAUUAAUAAGAGUUGCUCUAAUGAUGUCGACAACAAUGUGACAAAGGAAGAGUUGCAAAAGAGUAAAUCAUAAAUAUUUCUAUCAAUUUACUUUGGUGCCUCACUUGGAUAUGUGAUUGGAUUAUGGAGUGUGUUUAUAAUCCUACUAUCCAAACACAAUUGGAGGAAUUUGUAUUUUCAUUUGAUUGACAAAGUUCAUGUACCAUUAAAGUAGGGUAACUAAAUAAUGUU